GUGGGGCGCUGAUUCGGCCGGAGCUGCCAGCGGGGAGGCUGCCGCCGCGGGUUGUUACAGCUGCUGGAGCAGCAGCGGCCCCCGGCUCCCGGGCACCCCUCCCGGGCCCUCGACCUCCGGCCCCACACGAACAGCGGAGAGGGGCAGCAGGAUGAAUGUGGGCACAGCGCACAGCGAGGUGAACCCCAACACGCGGGUGAUGAACAGCCGCGGCAUCUGGCUCUCCUACGUGCUGGCCAUCGGGCUUCUCCAUGUCGUGCUGCUGAGCAUCCCCUUCGUGAGUGUCCCUGUCGUCUGGACCCUCACCAACCUCAUCCACAACAUGGGCAUGUACAUCUUCCUGCACACAGUGAAGGGGACACCCUUCGAGACCCCGGACCAGGGCAAGGCAAGGCUACUAACACACUGGGAGCAAAUGGACUAUGGGGUCCAGUUUACGGCCUCUCGGAAGUUCUUGACCAUCACACCCAUCGUGCUGUACUUCCUCACCAGCUUCUACACUAAGUACGACCAGAUCCAUUUCAUCCUCAACACUGUGUCCUUGAUGAGCGUGCUUAUCCCCAAGCUGCCCCAGCUGCACGGAGUCCGCAUUUUUGGAAUCAAUAAGUACUGAAGGCGCAGCCCCCGCCCCUGCCCAGGCUGGCGGGGGGAGGGCGGGAGGCCUGCGCUGGAUGCCGAGAUGGAAGGAGCCUCUGGACACUGCCGGAGAUGGGGGUUGAGCCGCUGGGCCUAGUUUCCCCCUCGCUUCCCCCAGUAGCCAACCUGGAGUAGCCUGUAGUGGGGUUGGGGUGGGCCCCCCUGGGCUCUGACCCCUUCUGAUUUGUUUUUUUUUUUUUAAUCUUUUCCUUUUGCCUUUUGAAUAGAGACUCCCUGGGGGUGGUCAUGGAAUGGGCUGGGUUCCUGGGCUGAGCAUGGACCACCAUGGGACAGGAGGCCAGGGAAAUACCCCUGCUUACUUGUGUACCCGCAGGCAGCCAAAGCACUUUAACCCCUGCGAGGGGAGUGGAGGGGUGGUACAGCUUCUGGACUGUUCCGCUUUGAUUCUUAAGUCUUAGCAUGGCACGCAGCGUGUGCUUGUAUGUACGAAAGCAAGUGUGUGAGGGCCUCACCCCUCUGGGUAGAGAGCUGCCUAAUCCAAGUCUCGGGCUUCCGGCGGCUUCCCUACAGCCCAUCCUGGGUCCUGGUUGGGAGUGGGGAGGAUGAGGAGCGUGAAGGCGGGGAAGAGUGUGGAUGGCCUGGUCCCAGAGGUGAGGCAGCCAGGGCUGCUGCCAUCCUGGCCCUGGUGUAGGUUGGGAAGUGGGGUGGGGGGGAUAGUGAGUUGAGACUUAUAAGAAUGGGGUCACACAGCAGCAGAGGAUUGGUGUAAGGGAGGGGGCGGGCACAGAAGUAGACUCUGCUCUGGGAUGCGGGUGGGGAGGGCAGCCAGGCAGGGAGGGCAGCAGGCUUGGAGGGUUAAUUUACCCACAACUGCGAUGGUAAUAGGGAAGGGAGGCCGCCGUGGGCUCGAAGCUCCUGGACUGGGUGAGGGAGUGGACAGGAGAGGAAGAGGCCCACGAGUCAUCGUAAGCACAGGUCCUGUUUGGCACUGUCUCCUGCAGUGGUGUGACGGGUGUGGGGAAGCUGCGACAGAAAUGGUGGAUGGUGCCGCCCUCUGCAACCACUCGCCCCCUAACCUCCUCGUGCAGACUGGCACCGAGGCAGGGCCUCUUGUGUGGCAUGCACCUGGUGGGCUAUCAGGCCACCCCCACGCGGGGCUGGUGGACUAGAGAGUCCUGUAGGACUGCUGCCCAGCAGGGCAGUGGAGGGAGCAAGGAGUGGCCUGCGGGCUCCGUCUCUGCAGCCUGAGCACGGGCUGGAGAGGAGCCUUCUCCCCUCCCCAGUCUGCCUAGGGGUGGUGUGACUUUUGAGAAGGUGUGGGUACCUGUGUCCUCACCCAGGGGCCUGAAGGAGGAGGGGAGGUCACUCGCCCUGUUUUCUGUCUCCUGGCCCUCCACCUCCCACCCCAUGUAUCAUAGGGAACUUUCACCUCAAAAUCUUUCUAAGCAAAGUGUGAAUAGGAUUUUUACUCCCUUUGUACAGUAUUCUGAGAAACGCAAAUAAAGGAUAAUGUGUUCCGGUU